AUGGAAUCAAGAAAACAAGAUUCCGGUGCAUCAAAGUUUGUUUAUGGACUCCUCCAACAGCAGGCUAUCUCAUUUUUUUGCUGUGAUGGAUCAUAUUUUGGAAACCCAGGGACAGCUGGUCUUGGAGUGGUCAUCAGAGAUGAAUUUUAUCAAGUAAUUGGUACUUUGUGUGGUGGCCUUGGAAUUGCAACAAACUACAUUGCAGAAAACUAUGCAGUGUUAUGUGCAGCUGAAUUAGCAAUGGAAUGGGGUUUAAAAAAGAUGAUAAUAAGAUCAGACUCCAAAACUGUAUUGCAGGAUUUUGGUGCAGUUAAGAUCCCAUGGUUCCUGAAAUCUAGAUGGAGGAAAGUAAAAUCAAGAAUUUCUUCCAUAUACCUUGGUCAUUGCUUCAGAGAAGUCAACUUCUCAGCUAAUACAGUAGCUAAGAGAGGUGUUAAACUGUCACCAGGUGAAAGAUAA